AUGAGUUCAUCUACAAAGCUGAAUGUUGAUUCUUCCGGGGUAGAAGUAAGUCCAACCUUGUAUAGGAGUAUCAUUGGGAGUUUACUCUAUCUUACAGCUAGUAAAUCGGAUAUUACAUUUAUUGCGGGUGUUUGUGCUAGAUAUCAAGCUGCUCCAAAGGAAUCCCACUUGACUGUGGUAAAGCAAAUCGUACGAUAUAUCAAUGGAACUCUGGAUUACGGGUUGUGGUAUUCAAAGGACUCUAAUGCUUACCUUGUCGAUUAUUCAGAUGCAAACUGGGCUGGAAGUGUGGAUGUUCGAAAGAGUACUUUAGGUGGCUUCUUCUACUUUGGUAACAAUCUUGUCUCUUGGAUGAGCAAAAAACAAAAUUUAGUGUCUCUCUCUAUGACUAAAGCAGAGUACAUAGCUGCUGGAAGUUGCUGCACACAACUCCUUUGGAAGAAAAAGCUACUUCAUGACUACGGGAUUCCUUAA